AUGGAUAGCCGCGAUGGCGCCUCUGCUCUGAUGGGCUCCUUCGACCCGGCGCCCGAUGCCACCCUCCCGAACAACGACACCGUCUCCGUCCCCCCGGCCGCCGACGUGACCGAUACCCAUGAUGCUGACGGCGUCGCCGUGGCCGACUCGAGCGAGCUUCCCUCCUCCGCGUCGGAUGGAACGUCCGCCUCGCUGAAGGCCGAGUCUCUCGGCGGCGAGUCAUGCUCCUCGGUGGAGGGCGUGAGCCAGGCUCACAAGCCCGAUGCCGAGGCCGACCCGUCGGUGUCUCUGGCAUCCGUCCACCUGACCCCGGAGGCCGCUCCGCCGGUUUCGGUUGAGGUGCCCGAUGCCAAGGCCGACCUCCUGGCUCCGGAGGAGGUGGUGUCCCCUGGUCCGGCGGCCCGGCCGGCUGGCAGCGCUGCCGCCGCCACUCGCCGCCGCCGCGGGUCCAUCAUCCAUUCGGAUGCCGGGCUGCCCAAUGUCCAAGCCCUGGCUGAGGCCAUCACCUCCGGUGCUGACACCUCCAGCCUCUAUGGUGCUGGUGCCGGCCGGCCUCGGUCGAACUCCAUCUACUCGGUCUCCUCGCAGGCUCCCUCUCUGACGGAGAUCGUCGUGGCCGACGAGCACUACAACAAGCCGCCCUUCUGCAUUGACCACGCGGUGGUCACCCGGAUUUUCGGUGUCAACCCCAAGCGUGGCCUUAGCUCCGCCGAGGCGGCCACCCGCAUGCUCAACCAUGGCCCCAACGAGCUGACCGGCGAUUCGAAGAUCAACAUUUGGAUGAUUCUCUUCGAUAACCUGGUCAACCCGAUGAUGAUUGUCCUGACGGUCUGCCUGAUCAUUUCCAUUGUCACCAGCCAGUGGAUUGAGGCCGUUGUGCUGAUCAUCUUCAUCAUUGUCAACGGUACCAUUUCCUUCGUUCAGGAGCUUCGCUCCGAGAAGACCCUCCAGGCCCUGCGGAUGAUUUCGUCGCCGGUGGCGCGCAUCCUGCGCGAUGGGCGCCUGGUUGAGGUGUCGGCCACCGAGGUGACCAUUGGUGAUAUUAUCGAGAUUGUCGAGGGUGACCAGAUUGGCGCGGACAUCCGUCUGAUCAAGGCUGUCAACCUGCGCAUUGACGAGGCUCUGCUCACCGGUGAGACGGUCCCCGCGGCCAAGGUCACCCAUGCCAUUGACGAUCCUCUCUGCCCGCUGGGCGACCAGCGGAACAUGGCCUUCAAGAGCACGGUCGUGACCCAGGGCCACGGCCGGGGUGUGGUCACCUCCAUCGGCAUGGACACGGCCAUUGGUCGGAUUGCCAAGGCCGUGCUGUCCGGCGGCCCGGCCUCCACCAAGACCCCGGUCCAGCGCCAGCUCAAUGUCCUGCUGUACAUCCUGCUGGUCAUGGCCCUGCUCUUUGCGCUGACGGUCAUGGCGGUCAACAAGUUCAACUUCAAGGACAAGACCAUCCUGCUGUAUGCGCUGGCCGUGUCGGUGGCUGUCAUCCCGGAGGGUCUGCCGGCCGUGGUGACGGUCGUCUACGCGUAUGCCGUCCAGCGGAUGACCCGGCAGAAGGCCAUCAUUCGUAAGCUCAACUCCCUGGAGGGGUUGGGCACGGCGACGAACAUUUGCUCCGACAAGACCGGCACCAUUACCAUUGGCCAGAUGGUGGCCACCGAGUUCUGGACCCCGACGGCCCACUGCAAGGUCACCGGUCAGGAUAUGGAUUCCGGCGGGCAGUUCCUUCUGAAGGAGGAUUCGCGCCACCCGGGCGAGCAGGUCCUCUCGGCCGAUGGUACCACUUCCGAUGCGGCGGCGGCCGGUGCUUCGCCCCGCGCCAGCACCCAGCGGGUGCUGCCCUUCGACCGGGUGUCCGAGGAUAUUCGCCACCUGCUGCAGGCUUGCACCCUUUGUGCCACGGCCACCAUCACCCUCCACGAGGAGGAGUGGGUGACGGCCGGCGACCCGACCGAGGUGGCUCUGGUGGUGCUGGCCGGCAAGGCCGGCGUCAUGCGGCCGGAUUUGGAGCGCGAUUGGACUUUCGCCUCGGAGUUCCCCUUCGACGCCUCGCUCAAGCGCAUGACCAUGAUUUACCAUGCUCCCCGACUGGGCCAGACCCUGACCUACAUCAAGGGUGCCACCGAGGUGGUGCUGGAGCGGUGUGUGACCCGCGUUGGCGGUGAUGAUGGGACUACGGUGGUGCCGAUCGAUGCGGCCUUCUGUGCCCAGGUGAUGGGCAUCGCCGAGCGCAUGUCCAUGCAGACCCUGCGUGUGUUGGCCUUCGGCUAUCGCCUGGACAAGUAUGACCCGGAUGGCCGGGUGCAGACCAUCGAGGAUCGUGACGCCAAUGAGCGGGACUUCAUCUUCCUGGGGCUGGUCGGCAUGUUUGAUCCCCCGCGCCCGGAGUCCUAUGAGGCAGUGCGGAUUUGCCAUGAGGCCGGCAUCACGGUGCACAUGGCCACCGGUGAUCACCCGCUGACGGCGCAUGCCAUCGCCGAGAAUGUGGGCAUCGUGCCGGAGAACUGCCCCAGCUGGAUGGUCAUGGUGGCUCGCGACUUUGAUGCCAUGACCGACGAGGAGAUCGACAAGAUGACGGAGCUUCCGCGAGUGCUGGCCCGUUGCUCGCCCGAGUCCAAGGUCAAGCUGAUUGAGUCGCUCCAUCGUCGUAAGAAGAUCGUCGUCAUGACCGGUGACGGUGUGAAUGAUGCCCCGGCUGUCAAGUAUGCCGAUGUCGGUGUGGCCAUGGGCCACGGUGGUACCGAUGUCACCAAGCAGGCCGCCGACUUGGUGGUGACCGAUGACAAUUUCAUGACCAUCGUGCGCGCGGUGGCCGAGGGCCGCCGUGUGAUCAACAACACUUCCAAGUUCAUUCGUCUGCUGAUGACGGUUUGCCUGGCGCAGCUGGUGGUGCUGGCCUGUGCGCUGGCCUUCUCCGAUUCCAGUGGCCACUCGAUCUUCCCCCUGUCGGCCAUUCAGAUUCUCUGGAUCAACCUGAUGACCGCCGGGCCGCAGGCCAUGGGUGUCGGUACCAUGGAGGGUACCAAGGAGAAUAUGGAAGUCCCGCCGCGUACCGCUCGGUCGGUGGUGUUCAGCUGGGAGAUCCUGUGCGACGUGCUGGUUUUCAGUGCCUUCAUCGGGUUGCUGUCGCUGGCCAUGUUCGUGUGGGCCAUCGAGUCGGCCUCGCCCAUUGGCUUUGAUGUGGUCAGCUGCAAUGAUCGUGCUUCCUUCGGGGAUCCUGGCUGUGCGGAGAUUUUCCGCGCCCGCACGGUGUGCUUCAACAGCAUGAUGCUCAUGCUGAUCACUCACGCUUGGGUGAUGGUGGUCCCGAACCAGUCGCUCAUUCGUGUGCCCUUCCGCCUGACCCGGAACCUGGCCCUGACGUCCAUUGCUUCGGUGAUCCUGCUGUUCCCGCUGAUCUAUGUGCCCUUCAUCAACCUGGAUGUCUUCGGCCAGGCUCCCAUCACCUGGGAGUUUGCCUUCAUCUUCGGCUCCUUCGGUGUGUACCUCAUCUUCUGCGAGCUGUACAAGCUGCUCAAGUACCUGAUCCUGCGUAAGCUGGUUCCGUGGAUUCGGUCGCGCCGUCGCGCGGCCGCCCCGGCCGAUGCCCAUGAGAUGACCGCCCUCAACAUCAAGGACGGCGACUUCUACCAUGGGUACCGGAGCCCGCCGAUGGGUGCUCCGGCCAGCUCGCGCCUGUCCAACGCCUCGCGCCCCUCCUUCUCCCAGUAA